AUGGCUAUAAGUGAAAAAUCUAUUGCAAUCAUAAUCGAUGAGACAACCGAUGUAAAAGGGUGUAGUGUAGUUAACACAUUAUUUUCAUAUCAAGGAAUAACAAAACUUAUAUCAGUUGAUUAUUUGCAACAAGUGAAUUAUUCAACUAUAAGUGGUCUUGUUUUAUGUCUUUUAACUGAAUGGAAUAUUUCUUUUACACUUUCAAAGUUAUUUGUUACUGAUUCUGCUUCGUAUAUAAAGAAAUGUUUUCAUGAAGCUAUAAGUCCUAUAAUGUAA